AUGUCUGUUGGACGAUGGACAUGGAUUGUACUUUCCCAAAUCACCAACACUUUGCUGGUGCCACUCUUUCUGACCACCCCUUUUCCCCUUCCAAAACAUCUUCCAACAACCUUAAAAAAACAGAGGAAAGCCAUGAGUCGCAGAAAUGGAAGUGGUCCACAGCUUGACUUGAAGCUGAACCUGUCCCCCCCGAGGGUUGACCGAAGACUGGAGUCGCCAACACGAUCGGCGACGGCGUCACCGACUUCACCGCCGAGCUCGUGCGUGUCUUCUGAGCUGAACCAAGAGGAGAAGAAUUACUCUAACAGCCCUGAAGCCACUUCCAUGGUGCUCGUGGGUUGUCCUCGCUGCCUCAUGUAUGUGAUGCUCUCUGAAGAUGAUCCGAAGUGCCCCAAAUGCAAAAGCACCGUUUUGCUUGAUUUCCUCCACGACACCAAAAACCCCACCAUAAGAAGGAGUUAG